ACAGUCGAUCAAUCAACCGUGGGCUGAAGCUGCCCGGACCCGACCCAGCGAGAGAGAGGCCAUGGCGAGGAGCCUCAGGAGCCUCGGGAGCCUGGUUUCAUUGAGAGCCAGUCUUCAGAUUGGUUUGCGAUUCUAUUCCUCCAGUGGUCGGACUUCUGCAUCUUCUUCAGAGGCUAAACAUGGAGGACAAGGAUUCAGUUUUGAAUUAACAGAGGAACAGAAAGAGUUCCAAGCUACAGCACGCAAAUUUGCGCGUGAUGAAGUGGUCCCUGCUGCAGCUGAGUAUGACAGAACAGGAGAGUAUCCUGUUCCACUUAUUAAGAGAGCGUGGGAGCUGGGUUUGAUGAACACACACAUCCCUCAAAACUGUGGUGGUAUGGGAUUAGGUAUUUUUGAUGCCUGUCUGAUAACUGAGGAGCUGGCCUAUGGAUGUACUGGUAUUCAAACAGCAAUAGAGGCCAACUCACUGGGGCAAAUGCCAAUAAUUCUAGCUGGCAAUGAACAACAGCAGAAAAAGUACUUGGGACGGAUGAUUGAUGAACCAUUAAUGUGUGCAUAUUGUGUUUCAGAGCCUGGUGCUGGCUCUGAUGUGAGUGGGCUCAAGACCAAGGCAGAAAAGAAAGGUGAUGAAUACAUUAUAAAUGGCCAAAAAAUGUGGAUUACAAAUGGAGGCAAGGCCAAUUGGUAUUUCCUUCUGGCCCGCUCUGACCUUGACCCCAAAGCCCCUGCAAACAAAGCCUUCACUGGUUUCAUUGUGGAUGCUGAUAGCCCUGGAAUACAAAUUGGAAGAAAGGAAAUUAAUAUGGGUCAACGUUGUUCAGACACCAGAGGUAUUGUAUUUGAAGAUGUGAGAGUCCCCAAGGAGAAUGUCCUACUUGGAGAGGGAUCUGGCUUCAAAAUUGCUAUGGGAGCAUUUGAUAAAACCAGACCUCCUGUAGCAGCUGGAGCUGUUGGUUUAACUCAGAGAGCAAUCGAUGAAGCUACCAAAUAUGCCUUGGAAAGGAAAACCUUUGGAAAAUUACUUGUCGAGCAUCAGGCAAUCUCUUUCCUGCUCGCAGAGAUGGCUAUGAAGGUUGAACUAGCCCGACUUGCUUACCAGAGAUCAGCAUGGGAAAUCGAUUCAGGAUGCAGGAAUACCUAUUUUGCCUCCAUUGCAAAGGCUUUUGCAGGUGACAUUGCAAAUCAGGUUGCAAGUGACGCUGUUCAAAUUUUUGGAGGCAACGGGUUUAACAGUGAAUAUCCCGUGGAAAAGCUUAUGAGAGAUGCCAAGAUAUACCAGAUCUAUGAAGGAACUGCUCAGAUACAGAGAUUGAUAAUUGCACGUGAGCAUCUUGCCAAAUUCAAGAAGUAAAGAUGAAUAUAUACUACCGGGUUACAUAAUAAAAUGCUUAUCAAUGCAAUUUCACUGUUAUUUCCCACUUUAUAUCCAUAUGAAGUGACUAAUGAAGUGGUCAAUCUAUUUGUAAAAAUUGUUUAAACACUGUUAGUCAAUGAUCAUUGGGUUUUUAAAAUUAGUUAAAAACUUCAUAAUUUUUCAAAUCUACACGACGACAAAUGAUUGUCUUCUGAUUUUUAAAAAUAAAAUAUAUAACUUAUGUUCUCUUCACU